AUGCAUUUCCAGGGUAUCACCACAUGGCUCUUGAUCUCUCUCACUGUGGCCCUGCCUGCUCCGGAGAGACGUCAAUUGGCACCUAUAGUUCAAAUAUCACAUGCCAAAAUCAUCGGGUCCAGCACAUCAGGAAUUGACACAUUCAAGGGAAUUCCCUAUGCUCAACCGCCCACGGGAUCUCUCCGCUUGAAACCACCCAAAAGUAUCAUCAAAGACUUGGGAACUAUCCAAGCAACCAAUGUCCCCACAGCCUGUCCCCAAGGUUCCGCCUCCGGUCCUGUCGGCGAAGAUUGUCUAACACUUAACAUCCAACGCCCCUCAAACAUCACCGGAUACUCUAAACUCCCUGUGCUCUUCUGGAUAUAUGGCGGCGCUUUCGUAGGCGGCUCCACUCAAUCUUUCGAUGCAACACAACUUCUUCAAACUUCCAUUUCUAGUUCCCAGCCUUUCAUCUACGUAGCUGUAAAUUAUCGUCUCGGAGGUUUUGGGUUCCUAGCCGGUUCCGAAAUCCUCAACGAUGGAUCUUCUAAUCUCGGCUUAUUAGAUCAGAGAUUAGGUCUCCAAUGGGUCGCCGACAACAUCGCUUCUUUUGGAGGCGAUCCCAAUAAAGUCACCAUAUGGGGCGAAUCCGCAGGUUCAAUUUCAGUAUUUGAUCAAAUGGCUCUUUAUGGCGGCCAAUACCAUUACAAAAACAAGCCCCUAUUUCGCGGCGCAAUCAUGGAUUCCGGCUCCGUCACUCCCGCUCAAACAGUCGAUAGUCCGCGCGCCCAAGCAGUAUACGACCAAGUCGUGCUCGCGAGCGGCUGUCAAAAUUCCACCCACACACUCAAAUGUCUCCGCGCCCUUCCUUACGAAACGUUUCUCGCUGCAACCCUCACUCCCCCCUCCUACACAUCCUACACUUCCCUCGCACUCUCCUAUCUCCCACGCCCAGACCACAAAAACGGCGUUCUCCCCGCCUCCCCCGAAAUCCUCGCUUCCCACGGCCAAUUCGCCCCCGUCCCCUUCAUAAUCGGCGACCAAGAAGACGAAGGCACAUAUUUCGCUCUCGUCCAAACAAACCUCACCACCACCUCCCUCCUAACCAGCUACCUCCAAACCAUCUUCUUCCCCUCCGCUCCCCCCUCCAAAAUCGCCUCCCUAGUCGCCGCCUACCCCGACGACCCCUCCGCCGGCUCCCCCUUCAACACAGGCACAAACUGGAACAUCUACCCGCAAUACAAACGUCUGGCCGCCCUCCUCGGCGACAUCGUCUUCACGCUUUCCCGCCGCCUCUUCCUAAACUACUCAUCCCAGAUCCACAAAACCGUAAAAAUGUACUCCUACCUCUCAAGCUACGGCUACGGAACCCCCAUUCUGGGCACCUUCCACGGAAGCGACAUCGGUGUCGUCUACGGCCAAUCCCUCGGGUUUCCCCAACAAUCAAUCCAAAAAUACUAUCUCAAUUUCCUGCAUACUCUCGAUCCGAAUCUCGGCGCGAAUCAUCAAUAUGCCCGCGGUGGUGAUAAUCACAAUUCCCACCCCAGCACAAAUACAACCGCAAAUACAAAUACAACGCAAACCCUCACCUGGCCCCCCUGGACCCCACAACAAAAACAACUUCUCAAUUUCCAAGCCGCGCAGAAUGUAUUGAUCACGGAUGAUUUUAGACAGACACAGUAUGAAGUGAUUAAGAGUGUAGUGGGGGUUUUGCAUGUGUGA